AUGUCUCAGAGAAUUGUAGCUCCACCAACACAAGAAGAAAGGCCCAACUUGGAACAACUGAAAAGCCAGUUGCGACAUGAACUGCAGCAGGACCUGAUGGGCGAGGUGCGGGAACAGAUGAAGACCCUCUCAGCCAACCUAAUGGAAGAGGUCAGGACCCAAUUAAUGAGGGAACCGUCGUCAGCCCUGAGCGACCGACCAACGACGGGCCCAACGUAUACGUCGCGACAAGGGUCUAGGUCGGCUUACCAGUGGGAUACAGAGGGGAACCAUCCAGGGUUGGCCGCUUUUAAGACCACCAUGCCACUUGUUCAGAGCCAGGCUUGGGUCAGAGCCUUUGCAGAGUGUCGUCGGAUCGCUGGAGGGGAAUCCCUUCCGCCCUACCAAGGCCAAGUCAAGUUACCACGCCAACAACCAGUGAUCAUCCCCCCACAGACAGAAAUGCUGGUAUGGACACAGGUAUCCGAAGGGGCCCCAAAACAGAAUUGUAACGUGAUGAUUGAAUCUCUUCCAGACAGUGGUGCGGAGUGGUGCGUGGGCCGUACGUUGGCAGUGAUAUGUGAUGGAAGGGUCCCUGUACGGCUGUGCAACCCUAAUCCAUAUCCGGUAGAGAUUCCCCAGCGACAGCCGCUGGCCCAAGUGACAGAAGUGGCUACAACUGACAUUCAAGGAGAACGGGAGCUGGUUUUUAACAACGUAACAGCGGAUGUGGUGGAGGUUGAGGUGAGGCACAUUGGAGUGGAAGACACAAGCGGGCCACACCCAGCAGUGACUCUGCAGGGAGAUGGACUGACCCCGGACCAACAGGGUGAGUUGACAAAAUUGUUACACAAGUGGUCAAAAACCUUUGCUUGUCACGAUGAAGAUUUUGGCUGUACCAGCGUGGUGAAACAUCAGAUCCCCACGGGUUCAGCUCCCCCCAGUCGUGAGCGGUACCGGACUGUUCCCCCUAGUCUCUACACAGAAUUGAGGACUUUGCUGCAGAAUAUGCUGACGGGAGGAGUGGUAAGAGAGAGUGCAAGUCCUUGGGCAGCUCCAAUCGUGCUGGUGAAGAAAAAGGAUGGGAGUUGGCGGUUCUGUGUGGAUUACAGGAGGCUGAACGCGUGUACCCACAAAGACGCCUACCCUCUGCCCCGGAUUGAGGAGGCGUUGACUGGACUAAAGGCUGCCCGAUGGUAUUCUACCUUGGAUCUAGCCAGCGGGUAUUGGCAGGUCGAAAUGCAUCCAAUGGACAGAGAAAAAACCGCCUUUACCACGCCGUUCGGGUUGUAUGAGUUCAACCGGAUGCCCUUUGGAUUGUGUAAUGCCCCUGCAACCUUCCAACGAUUGAUGCAACGUUGUUUAGGUAACUUGGUAAAUGACUUUCUGCUGAUUUACUUGGAUGAUGUGGUUGUGUUCUCUCCCGAUUUUAGGAGUCACCUGCGUCACCUGGAGGAGGUGUUUCGGUGUCUCCAUGAACAUGGGUUGAAGCUUCAACCUACUAAGUGCCGUUUGUUCCAGCGAGAGGUGACGUACUUGGGGCACGUCAUCAGUGAACAAGGAGUGUCCACUGAUCCAGAAAAGACUAUUGCAGUAAGGGACUGGCCAAUUCCUCAGACUGUAAAACAGGUAAAAUCCUUCUUGGGUUUUGCAGGUUAUUACCGGCGGUUCAUACCCGCUUUUUCUAAAAUAGCCCUUCCCUUAAAUGCUCUAACUCACGGAACGACUACACAGAGUAAGAACGCCCCAAUCACGUGGACGCCGGAAUGCCAACGGGCCUUUGAUCAGCUCAGAGAGGCGUUGCUUACCACCCCUGUGUUAGCCUACGCAGACUUUUCCCAACCAUUUAGGCUAUACACGGAUGCCAGCCUAGAUGGGUUGGGGGCGGUAUUGGCCCAAGUACAAAAGGGGAGGGAGAGGGUUAUUGCCUAUGCUAGCCGUAGCCUACAGCCAACCGAACGGAACGAUCAGAACUAUAGCUCUUUUAAGUUAGAACUGCUAGCUUUGAAAUGGGCCGUGACGGAGAAAUUCAAAGACUAUUUGUAUGGGGCUGAAUUCACUGUGUUCACAGACAACAACCCACUGGUUCACCUGGAGACCGCUCGUCUGGGCGCAGUGGAGCAGCGAUGGGCGGCCCAACUAGCAAACUUUAGGUAUGUCAUAAAGUAUAGACCGGGUGCCCAAAAUAAAAAUGCAGAUGCUCUCUCCAGGUUGCCAGAAGUACAGGACCAAACACCCUUCCUCGCUGGCGGAGCAGUGGUGGAGGAGCCGCCCGGGGCAGAACGACAGGACUCAAUGCCGCCCCUCACCAGCGGAGCAGUGGUGGAGGAGCAGUCCUGGGCAGACCGACAGGCUGGGGACCCGGAACUGAGGCUGAUACGACAGCGGAAGGAGCAGGGGCUGCCACCUUUAGAGACCAACCGCCGGGACUCUCCAUACGGCCCUCAGUCCCCAGGGACAGCAACUGGUGUGGCGCUGUUUAUCUCCAGGAUGAACAGAAGGCGAAAAGGAUGCAGGCGGCUGCUGAACUCAUUGCUCUCACUGAAGCAUGUAAAACUGGCUGAAGGUUCGUCUGUUACGACCUACACAGACUCCAGAAUCCAGGUGUCUGCUGCCCUGCCCCACCCAGCUAGAGGACUGCUCCACACGCUGCAGCCAGGAGAUUUUGUGGUCAUAAGAAACUUCAGGAGGGAAAACUGGCAAUCCAAACGCUGGCAAGGUCCCUUCCAGGUUCUUCUGGUCACCCACAGCAGUGAAGAUGGCAUUCUGGGGCGACUACAUCGGGAGACGGGGACCGGAGGAGAGGUUUUUCAAGUGGUGGUCCCCAAACGAGAAACUAAAGAGGUGUGGGGGAUGUACCAUGACAAGAUGGGACACCCGAGUGGAGAAAGGACCCUCACCACCCUGCAACGACGUUGCUAUUGGCCGAGGAUGAACGAGGACGUAAGAGAGUGGACAGCAGCCUGCCCCCAAUGCGUCUGUGCGAAGGCUGGGGCCGAGGUAAAAGUUCCCCUUUUACCCAUUUUGACUAGUUACCCAUUUGAAGUAGUGGGGGUAGACUACCUGUCUUUGGGGCGGCCGGAGGAUAGGCACCCCUACAUAUUAGUGAUAACAGAUCUGUUUUCUAAGUAUGCCCUGGCAGUACCGACCCGAGACCAGUCAGCGAAUACCACAGCACAGGCCCUGUACAACCACUUGAUCCAGACCUUCGGCUGCCCCGAGCGUAUCCUGACUGAUCGAGGAGCAACAUUUGAAUCAUCAGUAAUGAAAGAACUGUGCCAGCUUUAUGGCUGCCUAAAGAGCCGCACUACCGCCUACCACCCGCAGGGGAAUGGGGCAUGUGAGAGGUUCAACCAGACUUUGUUGGGGCUGUUGAAUUCCUUGGAAGAAGUAAGUCAAGCCCAGUGGCCAAGUCGACUGCCCGCUCUUGUACAGGCAUAUAACAACACCUUGCACAGUACCACUGGGAUGACACCACAUUUUGUGGGUGUUUGGAAGACAUGCCAGGCUGCCCGUGGACUGGGUAGCCGGGUUGAAGCCUACGAUGGAGCCCUAUACCCUGUCGGGUUGGGAAGGAACACCAAAGAGCCUUACAACAGGCUUAUCAGACAACAGGAACCAGAGGAACCGCAGCCUGCUGUGUCCCCGCAAAUGGAACCCAUGCCCCCUCCAACGGUUGGCUGCCCAGAUGGGUGGCAGCUGGUCCUAGCCAGCCACCAGCGGAGCAAGACCCGUAUUGGACCAACCACCUGGCCCUCCAGUAGAACCGGCAGCCCAAAAAGAGAGGUAAAACCCUUUGACGAUACGCCGCUCUACACGGCCGAAUUUGGGUCUGCCCCCAGCUCGGGGAGAGGCUCGGCAGAAGCGGCAGAGAAGCCACAGAGAGAAGCCACAGAGAGAAGCGACGGGGAAACAACGGGCGAGGGCAAGAGGAAUUGGUGGAAGAGGAGGAGAGCAGAGCAGAAUCGAAGCAAGAGAAGCGAAGCCAAAGAGACACGGAGGAUAGCGGUAGCGGAGACGAGUGGACGGAUGGGAGAAGCGUUGAUCUUGAGAGUGUUGAUCUUUGUUCUGGAGAGCUCUCUCUACUCUGUUCCCUCCCAGUGCCAGCUACGGAGCACGAAGACGCUACGCCGACCAGAAUAA